ACCAAACCAUUAUAGAGGGGUGUUUAUGACGUACUUGUGUCGGCUGCUCCAUGGAUUGAGUACAGUGUCUCAUUGAGACUGACUCGUCAAGUUACAAGAUGUUUGCUCUGAGGAGGCUCACGGCACUGGGAACAUCGUUCUUCAACCCUCUCUCAGGUGCUGGCUCAGCUCUGCUGCAGGCUCCAUGCACACAGCUGGUGCCAAAUGCCACCAUCACCCUCAACCAAAUGCAUCGGAAUGGACCCCCAAAGCGGCGUCCGCCCAAGCUGGGAGCCACUUUCGGACGGCCGCAAAUCAAGGGCGUCAUUCUCAAAACGUUCAUAAAGAAACCCAAAAAGCCAAACUCGGCCAAUCGGAAGUGUGCCAAGGUGCGACUCUCCAAUGGCGAGGAGGUGAUUGCUUUCAUCCCUGGCGAGGGACACAACCUGCAGGAGCACAACAUCGUGCUGGUGGAGGGCGGCCUGACCCAAGACCUGCCCGGCCUCCAGCUCAAGAUUGUGCGCGGGAAGUUUGACUGCGCGCACGUGCAGAAGAAGAAGAACUAGGAGAUGGGAACACGAGCUGGGGUUAGGUUGGUGGGUGGGGAGGAUAGAGGGUUGAGGGAGAGUGUGGAUGUGUGUCUCUGGUGAGAAGCGCAACUUAGUGAUGUGUAAAUUCGCAAAGUGGAACAGACAACAGUGGAGUGAUUUCCAUGCACAAAGUGAACAGUGGUUCCAGAUUAAGAUGUUCAGGGGUCCUUAGGGCAUGGCUCACAUUCUAGGGUUCCUCUGGGAGGAGCUUGACCUGUGUAAGUGAGAAUGAGUGCUGUGAUCACAUCUGUUCUCUGCUCGAAACCUCACCCGUGUGUUGACCAGCAGGGGGCCCCUUUAGAAGAUACAUUGAUGAACUUGGGCAACUCGUACCGUUCAAGGAACUUAUGUCUGCCACGUAUUACCUGGUGGUCCUGCGUUAACACCAUGGGCCUGAGGUGUGUGCAUCAAAUGUAUCAUCGUUAAUACAGCUGUAAUGUUGACUAUAUACUACAAUGCGGCUUUAUGGAACAUGCAAUUCAAUCGUAUUGGAAGGUUCUGUAAAUAUAUUUUUUAUUUUUUUGUUUCUUCCUCGGAAAUAUACUAGUGUCAUGUUUGUAUAUAAAUAUGUAUCAAAAUGGGCUCUUUCUACAACGUGGUGCCAUGAGCGUGGAAACAGUUAUUUCUCGCUAGCUGUACCUAAUAAAAUCUUCAUAUAAUUUUAGAUAAAUAGGCAUUUACAAUCCUUCACUUAGAAGGGAUUUACAACCAGGGAAAACAUUGCGGUUAAUAACAUGUUUCGCACUGCACUUGUGAUGACACAGCAUGUACACGAUACGCCCUGUUAUGCGAGCGCGUAAAUCGUAAUUAGGUAAAAUUACAAAAUAAAUACCUUUACGACUGA